AUGCUGUCUGUGACUGAUAUGAACAACAAGGUUUUGCAAGCUGAAAUGGAAACGACGAAACAGAUGUUAUUGGAUAAUUCCAGUACAUCAUCAAAUAACGGAUCAUAUAUUUGGAAAAUUGCGAAUGUGGCUGAAAAAUUGGCCAAUGGUAUUGCUGAUCGGCAAACCAGUAUCUAUUCUCCACCUUUCUAUUCCUCAUCGACAGGCUACAAAAUGUGUAUGAGAUUGUAUAUGAACGGUGAUGGUCAAGCAAGAGGUACACAUCUUUCAUUAUUCUUUGUUUUAAUGAGAGGAGAUUAUGAUGCAAUAUUAGCAUGGCCAUUUAACUAUAAAGUAAUUUUCUGUUUGUAUGAUCAAACAGGAAGUCAACGUCAUAUAAUAGAUUCAUUUCGUCCCGAUAUUAAAUCGAAUAGUUUUCAACGACCCAAAUCUGCUAUGAAUAUAGCUUCAGGAAUACCCAAGUUUUUACCAUUAUCAAUCAUUCAGCCUUUAGAUAAUCCUUACGUGCGUGAUGAUUCUAUGUUUAUUCGGUGCUUCAUUGACUUUGAAUCAAUGCCAAAAAUGUGCAUUCCUUAUGUAAUCAACCUUAAUCUAGGAUUGCCUAUAUCUAUCCAAGAAAAAGCGAUUCAAACGGAAAUUGAAAAACGGCGUACAGCAGCAUCAUCAGGAAAUUGUUACACGGAGUCAUCAACCAAAAUAGACGAUUUGAAAGUAAACAAAUAA